AUGACAUUAACUUUUUCUUCCUUUUCCAUCAAAGACAUCCUCACCGGACUCGAUGCCAACGGCAAGCCGGGAACCGCGGGGGAGUUCUGCGCAACGAAGGCGAACAACACGCGCACCGGCGAUGGUGGCAGGGAUGGCAACCACGUCUACCCGGAGAUACUUCCCACACACCCCCGCGUUAUAAGCGCCCAAUCGGAGGUUUCUACAGAGGAGGACACAGGAGAAGAGACAGAGCUCAUAGAAGUCGCUGCAGAUGACCAGGAGCCGUGUAAGGAGCAGGGCGAACAGCAGAAAAGACCGCAGUGCGAGAGUGCAGAGGAGGAGGGAUGUAACCGCGGCGGGGAGACCUCCAGCUGUUCGCCGGACGCGCAGCAGUGCAGGCCCGGUGCAAAGAAGCGCUCCAGGUCGGCCUUCUCUCAUGCUCAAGUCCACGAGCUGGAGCGCCGUUUUAGCACUCAGAGGUACCUUUCUGGUCCCGAACGGGCCGAUCUGGCAGGAGCCUUGAAGCUUACAGAGACCCAGGUGAAAAUCUGGUUCCAGAACCGGAGAUAUAAAACCAAACGUCGCCAGAUGGCGGCCGAAAUGGCCGUAUGCAGCUCCCCAAAGAAAGUGGCUGUAAAAGUUCUGGUGCGGGACGAUCAAAAGCAAUACCACCAGGAGAUUGGAGUACAUAUCCCCAUGACCGUGCCACUGUACCGGGGCUAUCAGUACUACCCCUACCUGCACUACUACUACCACCAACCCUGGAACAUGGACAACAUGUUUUGUGGAGGGAUGCUUUGA